AUGGCGAAAUACAUCAAUAGCCACAGUAGUAAUCUCGCCAGAAUGACUCAGUUGCUCGAUCAAGAGUCUACUGCCUUGGCCAGCUGCUACUCCGUUGAGUCCUCCACUGCCAAGGUCCAGGGAUUCCACUAUUGCACUACCCCGGGCACCGGGAUUAAAUCGACUAUACUAAGCCCUCCCCUCGACAUCCCGGCUGCCAGUGCCGAACGAAACUGGCCAGGGAUUACUCAGCCCGAGCAUAAAGGGGAGGCAACGCAUACUAUUCCGGAAGAGUGUGAGAGGCUCUUCUGUGACAGACUGUCCGCGAUUUUCCUUGGUGAGAGGAUUGGAGCGCGACAGGAGUCACUGGGAAUGGGUGUGUUUCAAGAUAUUGAACCAAAUCAACUCGGGUCCAAGCAUGAUCGAAUCCAGAGAUGGAUUGAAGUAUGGGAUUACACGGGGGAUGCUAUCUACCGUGGAUUUGUUGCGGAGUUGGAAGGGGAAAGGACGCUCUUUGUAUUCCUGGAAGACGAAGCGCUAAGCCAUGGAUUAAAGUUGAUUGCUCUCUUUGAGCUGGCGGGAAUCGAUGCUUUCAACUGCUCCCAGAUUGUUGCAUGUGUGAGGCGCUCGCAGCAGAGGAGCGAAGUAGAGCUGGUUCAUAACCUGGGCUGGUGUGGGUUCAACCUGACCACAUUAGAGCCUUGGGCAAUGGGUACUAGCUCGGGCCCAACCCUGAGUACGAAGUGGCUCUUCCUGGUGGCCGAAGUCUAG